AUGUUUUGUGGUCGAUUGUCUCUCUUUGCUUUGACUUCUCUCAUUCUAUUUCCUCCGUAUAUCUUAUCGUCUCCGCAAUCGUUUUGGCCCGCCGCCCUUCCUGUGGCUGUACGAUCACCGUACCUCAGCGCGUGGCAAUAUACCAACGCUGGUGCUGCCGUGCUCAGCACAUAUCCUCAAACUUGGCCCACCGGUACCAAUAAUCUUGGAUGGGUAGGUCACAUCAGAGUAGAUGGCACGACGUAUCGAUGGCUCGGGGCUGCUACAUACGCUUCCACAACCGCCAACCUUACGAGCUUUGAGGUUACACCCACACGCACUAUUUUCAACGUCCAGGCAGGUCCGAUGGAUGUCACGGUCACCUUCCUGUCACCAAUUGAGCCCUCGGAUUGGGUCCGACAAUCAAUACCGUUCUCUUACGUUGCCGUCAAUGCGAGUUCAAAUGAUGGCAAAGCCCAUGUAACACAAUUUUAUUCUGAUAUUACUGCAGAAUGGGCCUCUGGAAAUCGAAGUGAAGUCAUCACGUGGAGUACGACAGAGACAGACGAAGUCAUAUUUCAUCAAAUCCAGGUUGAGACCCCAACUCCAUACACGGAAGUCAAUGGACAGACUGAUGAUGGUGUAGUAUAUUUUUCAACGAAUCAGGGCCCUGAAGUCAGCUAUCAAUCGGGCGGAUGGAUGUCGCUACGCGACGAGUUUGAGGAGAACGGUAGCCUGAACAUGUCCCGGGAUCCUGACUUUCGACCGAUAUCAGACAACUGGCCAACAUUUGCCUUGGCUAUCGACCUUGGCGAUAUUCAGGAGACCGCGUCACCCGUGGUGUUUGCGAUUGGAUACGUUCGAGAUCCUUCAAUAAAAUACACCACAGCGACGGGCGUGACACAGCUCAGAAGUUUAUACUUCCGGACACAGUAUUCCGAUGUUGUUGAUCUCAUCGUGGAUUUCCUAUCCGAUUUUGGCGAUGCGCUGACGAGAUCCGGCAGUUUCGAUAAUCAGCUAUCGCAGGAUGCGUCUUCCAUUUCAACAAAAUAUAGUCAAAUCAUAUCUUUGGCGACCCGUCAAGUCUUCGGGGCUAUUGAUAUUGCUGUUGCUGUUGGCAACGGGACGGACGGGAGCUGGAAUAUGUCAGAUGUGAUGAUAUUCAUGAGGAAUAUGGGAAUCGACCAGCGGGUGAAUCCUGUAGAAAUUUUGUAUGCGUCAUUUCCGGCAUUUCUGUAUUUAAACGCAUCGUUUGGAAAGCCUCUACUAGCCCCGCUUCUCGAGUAUCAAAACUCGCCGAGAACUGCGCUACCGUAUGCAGUAUCAGAUCUUGGAACGUCUUAUCCCAUUGCAUCUGGUGAACAAGCCAGUGUAACGGAAAGCUCACAAGGCGUCGAGCAAAGCGGAAAUAUGUUGAUUAUGACUCUCGCACAUGCACGACUCACAGGAGAUGGGUACUUGAUCAGUCAGCAUUACGACCUCUUGAAAAACUGGGCAAACUACCUCAUAAAAUAUUUUCAGGCCCCGACCAGCCAGGUUGAUGCAGACGAUCAGCGCAUGGCAAAUAUGACGAACUUAGCCAUCAAGGGGAUCAUUGGAAUUCAAGCGAUGGCUGAAAUGAGUAAAGCAAUUGGAAACAUGAGCGACUAUUCUCUCCUUGCAUCAGCUGCUGCAACAUUCGUCAAGUCAUGGCAGUCUGGUGUCGUUUCCUCUGGCUCCAACACUCAACACCUGCUAUUUGACUUCGGAGACGAGGAUUCGUGGGCGUUGAUGUAUAAUCUAUAUGCUGAUCGCCUGCUCCAGACAAAUCUCGUAAGCGCUUCGACUCAGUACUACCAAACGCUUCUGUCAUCGGCGGAUGGUAGUAUAAGCUUAGAGUAUGAUAGUGAUGCAAAUGGCGAGGCUAAUGAUGCUUGGAUAUCGUUUACUGCUGCGACUGCCUCAAACCCAACAGUGCGCAAUGGUCUUUUGUCGUUGGUCUGGGCGCACGCUUCAUCCAAUUCGUCUCCCGGAAUAUUCCCAGCGAUGUACGCAGCAAGCACUGGAAAUGCGACACAAGGCUUUGCGAGCCCUGCUCAAGGCGGAGCAUUUGCACCAUUGGCCCUAGAACUCUCUAAUCAGACCAUCAAGUUCCCUUCAUCCACGUCAUCUUCAACAUCAUCUGCGAGUUCCACCGGAUUUUCUUCUGAGCAGGAAAGCACGUCGAAGGUGCCUGUGGGGGCUAUUGUUGGCGGAGUUGUAGGUGGGGUUGCAGCUUUCGCCGCCGUUAUCGUCGUGACAUUCUUCGUCUGGAGACGUCGGCAUCAGACACACAAGUCCCCACCCGAUGGUGUCGUUGCUUACGUCUCGAAUUGUGGUGAACAAAGUACUCAGCCCACGCAAAAUUUCGCUUCUUUUAUGCCACAAAAAUCGCGCAGACAUCUCCAGGCUCCAGUGUCUGUUGCAACCCCCUCCGAUCUAACAAUACCCAGCGUCAGUCGGGACCCAUCUUCAACUAUCAACCAAGAGAACCAAGAGUCUGUCUUUUCGGCCCCGGCCGAGAUAAACAGAACACCUUCGUCUCCUCCCGAAUUCACUAGGUUGCGCCAGGAGAUGCAUUCCGAGAUGCAGAAUUUGCGGAGGGUUAUGGAGCAGAUAGCGGCGCCGCCAGAAUACACUGAAUAG